AUGCGCAUGGAGUCAUUGUCAAGUCGUGAGUGCCACAGUUGCCGGCAAGUGCAAAUUCGCAUUCAGACUGGUACACCUCGUCGACAACAUCACCGCAGGCUUUGUCGUCCUUAAGCCCUGGGCACAGUCUCCAGAGCUGCUGCGCAUUUCGUCCCUUGCGCAGUGCCUCUCCUUCUUGAGAAUCAUCUCUUGUGGGGCCGCCUCCACCGAACUCUAAACCCCACCCGGACUGGCAAAGAUCACCGACAAUGACGAUCCGGCGCACGUGCUUGGCAGCUCCCAGAGCGCUCUCGGCUGGACUACGAGCUCGCCAUUCAGGCACAGCAGUUGCUGCUCCACCUCCGCCUCCUACCUGCUCCCGGCAAUCACCUGCGCCCUCCAAAGCCGCGCCAAGCCAGCACACCCACCAGCUACACACGAUCGCAAGCUCGUCUCGUCUCCCACCAUUGCAGAGUGGUCGCUCUCAUGCAAGGCACGCCAGCAAUGAUGCUUCGAGCAGCAAGUACGAGCGUCGAGACGAAGCCAUUCGGGCCAAACGAGUGCGCUUGGUCGAUCCAGAGACGGGCAAGCUGAACGAGACAGCCGAGUCGACAAAGUCCUUGCUGCAGCGAAUCGACAGGCAGAAUUGGUGGCUGGUGCAGGUGACGGAGGGUGGUCGUGAAGAGGACGAAACGGGGGCACGUUUGCGGGUGGCGGAUGAGGAUACGCCCAUCGUCAAGCUUGUCAAUCGCAAACAAAUCUACGAAAGGGCGAAGGAGAAGAAGGCGCUCAAAAAGUCCGACCCAGGCGCAGCUGCCAGGUCCGAGACUCUGGAGAAGACGGUACAGAUCACUUGGAGCUCUACGCCGCACGACGUGAAGCACAAGCUUUUGGGCGGCAAGACGCACUUGUGGAGGAAGCGUGUAGGCGCUCGAGUAGUGGUGGCGAUCACCAGCAAGAGGGGCAAAGGUCCAGCAGGCGGGUCCACACCAGAAAGCCGGCUCAAGCUGAUCGAAGAAGUUACAGACUUACUUUGUGCACCUCCGGAACCAAAUGAGAUUGGUCGCCACGAAUUGGUGCAGGAGGCUCACGUCAAGCAAAAGGGCCAGCUGGAGUGGCGCAUGAAUGGGGCUGCAGUCGACAUCACUUUCGAGCUCGCAAGCGGCAAAGCAAAGUAA